AUGGAGUUAUCUAGCUUAAUAAAAGUCUCCUCGAUUAAAGAUGUUUUUUUAUAUGGACCUGAGAGCCUUGUUAUUCGAGGGUAUCUACUUCUUUCUGCCCACCAUCUCCUCAUUUCUGCCGACGAUGAAGAAUUUUGGAUACAAUUGAAAAACAUUGACCAUAUACGAAUUUUAGAACCUAAUGAACGCUGGUAUCACUCAGCGCACACUAAGGGCUAUAUUGUAGCAUUAUAUACAAAGAACUUCCUUAUUUUUGAAAUAACUAUUCUAAACAUGGAGGAUGCAACUAAUUUAGUGCGGUCCGUUGAACUCCUUUCGGGCGUAGACGACACUUAUCUUCUCUUUCCAUUCCACUUCCGCUCUGAAUUCGACAUUACUGAAGAUGGCUGGAAUAUAUUCUCUAUGGCUGAAGAAUUCGCCCCACUUUUAGUUAGUGGUGAAUGGCGCAUCAGCCGAGUAAACUGGGAUUUUUCCGUAUGUCGAAGCUAUCCUCGAGAGGUCAUCGUUCCCACUAGAAUAACUGAUGAUAUUCUUAUCGAAGCUGCAAAGUUUCGUCGUGGCGGACGAUUUCCUAUUGUCGCCUACUAUCAUUCACCUAAACGCACUGUCCUUUUGAUCGCCGGUGAACCGCUAGCAUCGACAAACUCCACUUUUUACUUGCAGCAGCCCGGAAAUUUUACCCAGAUUAGUCAACCGGCCUGGCUUGAGACGAAUCAGCCCUCAACGCCUCCAGGCUCCGGACCUCGUCAGUCCUUGGCGCAGUCUACUCAGAAAGCAUUAUUGCUUUCUAGCUCAGCUCAAUGCCCUUCCGAUUCUUCCUUUUCUCCAACUACUAAUGCUGCUUCUGCUCUGGUUUCCUCUCAAUCCCCUACUUCGGCUAAGUCUGGUGGUCUUGAAGUAAUUCGUUCCUUUUCUGCGCUCUCAGCUCUCGCUAAUUUCAAUUCUACCUUUACUUUGACCUCAGAUUCGGUUGCUACUGAGCCUAUAAAGCCUAGCGAACUGACUGAAGAGAUACCAGACACAGAGCAGAAAAAAGCUCCAUCAUUUUCUUCUUCCAGUGGGCUCGGGAUAAACUCAGCCUAUGCUAGCACAUCACCUCAAAUCAUCGGUGGCAUCAACAUGGCUGGAGAGACUCGAUGCCGUGCGGAUGAGCAAAUUCUUAAUGCUUGCCUUGCUUCCACGACGGUGAUGCUUCAGAACUAUCAGGAACAGCAAGAUCAUGGACAACGUCAACGGCAGAGUUCUACUCAGGACCCUUCGACUUCAAAUCGAUCUGCUUUAUCUGAUGCUCAGUCCUCAAUGGGUCUCUGCAGAGGCGCUAUCCUCGACGUUCGUUCUCAGUCGGAAUUAAAACGGGUUCCUGCUAGUGGUAUGUCUAUGCUAAUUUCUCUUUCUUGCCUCUGUCUGGACAGUAUAUAA